UGCUUUGAUAGAAAUGCAUGAUUAUUAUUUUGACUUCUAGGACCCAAGGCACAUGUAAUGUGCUUACAAAACUCAAUGUCAGUGUCAGUUGAGAAGUCUACAAUCAACAACAUCGACGUAAACCACUUGAGGCUGAUAGAUCCGUCUUGCCAUCUUAACUCUAAUGAGACCCAUGUGUUUAUCACCAUACCUUUGAAUGCUUGUGGCACUGAAAUGACGGAGACCACUUCACACCUUUUCUUCAAGAAUAAAAUCAUUUCGUACGAUGACCCCAGUGACAUUAUAACCAGGACCGAUGAAGUAGAAAUUGAAUUCAUUUGCAUAUACCUGAAAGAUAGCAACCUUACAACUGAGUUUGAUACACGCAGACAUAGAAUCAACUUCACUGAGAUUGGCUUCGGCUCAUUCAGCUAUGAGUUCGAAUUUUUUCAAUCUGAAGACUUCAACAACAAAAUUGAUCCAAACUCUUACCCACUGGAGUAUGAUUUGGGUGAGAUGAUCUACAUGCAGAUUGAGCCCAUCAGUCCAGUCCAAAACACUGAGAUCUUCCUCGAGUCCUGUGUGGCUACACCCUUCAAUAAUACCAACAACACAAUCUCUUACCCCAUCAUCACAAACGGAUGCAUUGAGGAUGAAACUGUUCAGAUUUUCUCAAAUCACCAACCAUACAUCCAGUUCGGUCUAAAGGCCUUCAAAUUCAUUGGGUUCCAUGACAAGGUGUUCAUCAGCUGCUCAAUCAUCAUAUGUGAGGCCGGCAACCCUCUCACCCGCUGUUCUCAGGGCUGCACAAACAUCCCAAUAUCUCCACUCUCCCACCAUCUUCAAAAAAGAGAGGCACCAAUCCAGACCACCACUCAGUUAAUCUCCCAGGGACCCCUGCGACUAAGACGUGAAUCACGGGUCAUUGUAAGCCAAGGUGUGAAUCUGAACCUACUAGUCAUCGCUGGCUGUCUCCUAGCAACAGCUGCCAUGGUGUGUGGAGUGCUUGUCUAUAGAUCAAGGACGUCAAGGGUCAGAAACCAACCUCUGCCAUCAUAUGAGAUAUGAGCAUCUUCUCAACAAAGUAAUUUGUUUACAAUGCAGCGGUGAUGAAGAUAUUGAAAUUGUGGUUGGUAGAAAAAUCCUAAUACUACUAAAGAAGAUUUGGUUGUGAAGUCAAGUUUCUUUCACUUACAAAGUGUUUAAAAUUGGUUCCCAUGCUUUAAUAUCAUUGAGAAUCAACCACUGUAAUACAUUAUAUUAAACAAAAUUUCCCAGAUCUAUUUAAUGGUGGUUGAGGAGAUUCCCCCAUUCAUAUGUAAAGCGCUUUGAGGUCUGCAGAAAAUGUUAUUAUUAUUAUUAUUAUUUAUUGUUUGCAAACUCUGCUGCAAGACUUUUAUUCUUUGUAUGGAAUUUUAAACCACAUUAGUCGACUUGUGUUGUUUUAUUUAAAGUUACCAUUGCCAUAUAUUCACUGUAGUUAAAAGUUAAACUCUUGUUUUAUAACCUCUCUUUCUGUAUCAGACAAACCAUGAAUGUAAUUUCUG